GCCCUGGUUGCAGUGAGGAUUUGGAGAGCCUUCCUCAGCCAUUGGGAGGUCCUGUGCAGUGCAUCUGCUCAACUGUGAGGUCUCCAGCUUCCAUGUUGUUGAAUAAACCAGUUCAAGUGAUUAUUAGGUUUCGAAUGCAGUCUGAGUCCAAGAAGUAUGAAGAAGAGACACCUUCCCUGCUCUGGGGGUUAGAUCCUGUAUUUUCUGCUUUUGCAAGACUCUAUAUUAAAGAUAUAAAAGAAAUGAGAGAAUCUAAACAAGUGCCAGGUGUAUUCUUCUAUAAUGGACAUCCAGUGAGACAGGUGGAUGUUGUCGGGAUGGUGGUUCAGACUAAAGAGCGAGAGGCUUUUCACAGUUAUGGAGUGGAUGAUAGUACUGGGGUUAUAAACUGUAUCUGCUGGAAAAAUCCCAUGGUAGCAGAAAGGUCUUUCUCAGACAGCCCAGGCACCCCCAGCAGUCUUAAAGUGCUUGAACAGAUGAAGAAAUUCCAGGAAAUGGUGAGCCAGAAAACCAAGCUGCAGAUUGGAGAUGUCAUCAGGGUCAGAGGCCAUGUCCGGACCUUCAGGCAACAAAGAGAAAUUCAGUCUUCAUGUUUUUAUAAGGUGGAUGAUCCUGUGUGUGAUGUUCAGAUUUCAAGAAUGUUGGAGCUCCCCUGCUUGUACAGAGAAGUUUAUGAUAAACCUUUCCAAAGCCCAGGGGCAGGACAGAGUGGCCCAGAAAGUUUGGAUUUCUUAGUCCAAACACUGCAUGAGAAAGUGAGAGACUUCCUACUAGAAAACAAAAUUCAGACCUUUUACCAGCAGGAGUUGGAAACAAUUCAUUCUCUGGUAUCCCUAGCUGAUGGGCCUAAAUCUAGUUCCAGCUGUCAGGUGAAUUCAGGAAGUGAAUCCAGCUCUAAAAGGAUUCACAGUGUUUUCAAGGAAGCAAUAAAGAAACUACAAGAGAAAGGAGUGGUUUUCCAGAAACCUGGUACCUCCAAGGACUUGUACUAUCAUGUGACCGACCAUGAUAAGGAGCUGCUUAAAGUGACCCUUGAUGUGAUCAAAGAAGACUGUCGAAAACCCAGGCAUGCUGAAAAAGGCUGCCAUUUUCUUCAUGUCCUGAGUUGUGUUCAGCAGACCUACAAUCCCAAUCUGGCUGAAGUGGUGAUGCAACGUGUUUUGGAAGUGCUGGAGAGCAACAGCGAUAUUGUCAGCACUAUGGAAGGAUAUUAUAUGGCAUUUUAAAGAGGGAAGAUAAGAUGCGUUAGUUCUUGUCCCAUCAGGGUAAAGUAUAAAGAAUAAGGAAUGUCUGAAGCAGAACUCUGGCACUGAAAACCUUUUAAGUACUGUGCUCUCAGUGGGGGCAAAAAAGAGCUUUCUGUUUCUGUAACAGCUAUUUUCGUCUGGCUUCUGAGAAGUGGUCCCAAUAUUUGUUUUAAUAUUCUUGCUGACUUCCUCAUUAUUAAUGGGGAACGUUGUACCUAACUAAUUCUGGACACGCUACUAUAGCAGGGGAGCUGGAAGAGACCAUGGGUUUUCUGCUUAUGUGUGCUUCCCUGAUUAGCAAUGAGAUGUGACAUGGCCCUUCUCACAACUACAUCCAGUGAGCCCUAAAGAGAAGUCACUGCUAAGGACUUCCGUUCUCAGCAGUGGUUACAUCGGGACUCGUCCUUCUGGCUUAAAGACUGAUGUUGUGAUCCUUCCUUAUGGUGACAGCUGUUCUUUUUAUAUAUGCUUUACAAUAGGGAAAGCACAUGCAAGCAAACAAUCUAAAGGUUACCUGUUCUUCCUGGUAGUGUUGGCACACCCAUGUGUGUGUAUGUAUACGUCUGUGUGUAUUCCUGAAUGUCUACAGCUUUGUCACUACUAAAACAGACCCCACCUUCCUCUGAAAAGUAAUUUUCAGGAAUGAGGAACUGCAUCCCUUCCCCAUUCUGUAGCUUCCCCCACUGCUUGUAAAGCUUGUCUGGACCUCCCCUGGCUGCCAUGUGCACUAUUGAUGCAUGUUUUGGAUUCUGUACAGACCAGAAGUUUCAAAAUCAGCUAAUGUCUUUGUUUAUUUCUACAUUGCUUUGUAUGUCACAAAAUAUAAGCCAAAAACCAAGUGCUUUAGAACAGAAAAUAUAAAAACAAGCAAGGCUCUCUGUGAUCUCCAGUCUUCCCAUUGCCUUUUGUCUUCUCUUUCCUUAUCACUUUCAGGGAAAAUGCUGUCCAUAUCCUUGCUUGCAGCAGAACAAAAGACAUUAAUGAAGUAACAGUGGCCUGAAAAAGGUUCCUAUGCAAGACAUUUGACCUGGAAUAAUCAGAACUCUGCUGCAUGCCACUAUUCAAAGCCUAGAGCUGUUCAUCUGUGCUUGGAGAACUUCCUGCUGCAGGGGAUCAUCUGAGUAAUCUGCUUAAUAGUGUGGAGGUGAUACCAUUAAUUUGAGAAGAGUAGGAUGGGAAGAAUAUAUUCCUUCUCUCUGCUCAGCGCCUUCCCUGUAACAGUUGAAACAGCAGGCUUCCAGGAGGCAGAUGUAGUUGUGAAGCCCUAUAAGGAUUGACAUAGCAGGGAAAAAUAAACUGAAUGCAUGAGGAAAGCCAGUGAGUAGCCUCAUGUGUGCCAGGUUUCUGCUUUGUUUUUAGAUUAUAUGCCUCAUUCCAAGCCGUGACUGCAGUGAGAUAUAGACUAAGAGAAUGGAGUGAUUAAAUAUUUGGCAUUUGCACUCAGAGACCUGUGGAAAACCCCAGCCUUGGAGAGAUGGUAUGUGUUCUUAGUGGGAAACUGUGAGUUAUUUCACUGUCAUUUUCCUACUUGCUGCAGAGCUUAAUAACUGGCUUCCCUACAAGCUGCCGCUACUCCUAGCAUUAGCAGCUGUACUUAGAGUUAGGUAUCUUCUAGUCAGAUCUUAAUAUGGACCUGAAUGUAUUUCUGUAUGUGAAGUCUGCCUAAAACUCAUGGCCUUCUAUUUUCUAAGCAUCAGAAAUUGAUGCAGACAAAAAGUGUGCCAUGUUUGGCCUAUUCUGUAGUGAUUUAAAAGCACUGAUAACUGAAGCCUUAUGAAGAUGAGGGGUGAGGAGCUUUACUAAGGAAAGACAGAUCAGUCACUCUGUAAAGAGCCUUUCCUUUGAAGUUUUUAAGCUGGUCCUUGCUGGCAACACUCAGCUCUUGGAAGGGUGUAUUCUGUUGGAGAUUGUUCCUCAAGAGCUGGAAGAAGGGAUUUUUCUCACUUGGAUUAGGGAAAUAAUAUGAAUGAACACAAGGGAGCCUACUGUUUUUCUACAAGGCUGAAAAGGUCAAGGUAAAAAUUAACAGUGUGGCCUAGAUUUAAGUUAUGCAGAUUGCAAUUAUGAUCAGUAGUGUGGAGUAAUUGUGCCUUAAUUUUGUGUGCCUUAUUUCUUCCUCAGUAGCCACCCAACACUUACUCUGAUACAGUUCAUUCCCCCUCCUGCACUUAGAGGAACUUAGAGGGAACAUCAUGUACAUACGCCUGCACAGAAGUACCCCAGCUUGCUGUGGGAGCACAGAGCUCACAUUAGGCUGAUUUACCUGUUUACUCAGCAUCUCUACAGUAUGCUUCUGUGACAGCAGUCUAGACAUACCCAUACUGGUAUAAGUCACCUUUAUGUAAGUCAAACUACACACACUAGGGCUUUUACUGCUAAUAAACUGUCUCUCUGUUUACAGAUCAUAUCCUUAACCAAAGUCAUAUCGUGCACACUGUUAAAAAACUUCUUAGAUUGAGACCACACCUACAAAAUAUUGUGUGGAACAUUCAGUGAAAGCGUGCUUUCUCAUUCUGUUUAGUUUGAACACUCUUCAGGCAAUGCAGCCAUUACUGGUUUAUUAAAGGACUUUGAAGGUGGCACUUAAAGGUAAAACUGACAAGUGAGAAUUCAUGUUGGGCUGCUUUGUGGCCAGUUCUGGUUUCCAUAGAAACAGUUAAAAGGCAGGUAAGUAAAACGGAGGUUUUAAAAGCAGUCAGCAUUUUUACAUUGCCUUAAAAAUGUGUGUUUCCAUAGAAAUGCAAUACCUUAGAAUGAAAAUUACCAUAGAAUCUUAAUAUUUUGUACCUCAGUAUUCUGGCAAAAUGCAAGCUAAAUGUUUGUCUGGAGAGGAAAGAAAGGCCAGAAUAACUUUACCUUCAGUUUCUCAGAUCUGCUCAGAUGAGAGGAAAGAUAGUUAACUUCAUGCCUCAGUUUCCUCUUUGUAAAUUGUGGAUAAUAUGGUUCCCUAUGAUGUAGGACACAAGGCCUGUUUUUUGAUAACACCAACCAUUACAAACUCCCGAGAUCUGCAAGUGAGAGCUGUGAGAGAACUCUAUGUCUGAGUGGUAACGUGUGAAUGAAUGGCCAGAGGCUGGAGCAGGAUUUAGCUCUAAUCCUACCUCGCUUUUACUAUCAGCUUUAUCUUUCUCAUGUUGCUUUACCUGUCAUGUCUUUUUGAUCUCUGUAUCCUAUGAGACAGUUAUGAUGUCCUGAUUCAUAUUUGUAUAGAAUACUUUUUGUAGAAUCCUGUUCCCUUAGUAAGUCAUUAGGGAUUCUCUGAUUCAAAUGACAGCUUCCUGAAAGUAGAAAUCCAGACACAUGAUUUCUGUACUUUCUUGUUAUCAAUUCGUUGGACAAUAUGCUUGUACCCAUGAGGGCGUGUAUACAAACUACCUGAGAAAUGAAGCUUUUCUUUGAAAGUAAUAAAUGAAAGAAAAUGAUUUGCUGUGUGACCCUGAGCUGUUACUUUGGUGGAUCUGUCUAUACUUGCUUAUUUCAGCAAUGAAUGUUGUACGCAGAAGUUGCUAAUUCAUUAUUCAGAAUGAGAGCUCAUAAAUGAGCAGCCAGUAAGGCACAGAGCUGUGUGGAGAAUGAGACGAAGCACUGAAAAUCUGCUUGUCAAAUAAAGGCUAUUUGCUUUACUUUGGGAGUAAGCUGAGCCUAGGCUUACUGGAGAAAAGAUGUACCUAGCAAAGAUUGUAUCUUUAUACUUCUAAAUGAAGGGGGAGCAAGUUCAUACAUCACAGGCAACCUGAAUUUUGAAACAUCCUUUUUCAGUGCAGCAUUGUGUUCAUUAUUGUUCUUUCAGCAGUCUCCAUCCCUCAUGUCCCAACUCUGCAGACCGGUGAGCAAAUGUUGAGUCAGGAAGCUUGAGUUUAAUUCCCAGCAAUGUGCCCUCUCAAGCACAGAGGGUUUCUCCCUAAUUUCUUCCACCUAUUUCUGCCCUCCACUCUCGCCUUUAACUGUCAUUUCUCAGGCCUUUCAUUUUGUUCAUAGUCUCAUCAUUCAGCUCUGUACCAUGGGUUGUGGUCAAACCCCCUUCCUUCCUGUUUUGUUCCCUUUAUCUUUCCUAACUCAGAUAUUUUUGUCAAGCUGUUGGCAACUGAAAAUAUCAGCUUAAUUCUCCACCUAACCAACCUGAUGUUGUUCACAGCCCACUCAGUUUCCAGCAGGCUGUGCUUUGUCCGGGCACCAGAAGAGGCAGAUAUCAUCUGCUUCAGCCUUUAUCUUUCCUUUACCACAUAGACUGCAACAGGAAUGAGCUGCAGUUUCAGGAAAACCCUCAACAUUUCUAGAUGUGAGUUUUUGCUUAUAUCCAGGUGUGAAAUAAAUAGAACCUAAAAUUAAAACACUUGUAUCUUGCCCAAACUGGAGCAAGUACAAGUUGUUCUUACAGAUGGCAGAAGCCAUCUGCCUCCCCCUGGCACUUUCAAGUCCUUCUGUAGAUUUUUGUCACAUAGGUAUUUUGUCAAGUUGAUGUAGACUUGUAGUUUGUGCAUCUAUUAGGUAAUGUCUCCUCUCAGGCUGAUAUAUUUUUUCAAUGAGAAGCUGGCAUUCUACUCUGUGUUUGAUGUAAUUGUGCUGUCUGUCUGGGCGUUUGUCAGACUCUUCUAUCUCACUGUCCCAAGUGAUUUUGUACUCUGUUGGCUUGUUAACAGGGGGCAAAGGACCUGAAGAUCUUUUAGUCUCGCAUGUUUUGAUAAAGUGGAGGCACUGAUAGAACAGGGAAGCCCAAAUGAGUGCCAACAGUAAGGGGAAGGAAGAAAUUGUCAUACGAUGCUAAAGAAAUUGCACACAAGAUGAUCACAAGGAACCAAUUCUUGCUACUUCUGCAGUGAGAACUACUUGUUUACUUGUUCUGCAGUGCUCUUUGAAGGACUGAAUGGACUGUUACUUCCUGAAGUUUGCUGACAGAGGUCUCCCCAAUGCAGAUGAGCAUGAUGGGAAACUGCAGCAUCUUUAUCAAGGUAGAGAGUUGUGUAAUGGAUUGUUAGGGAUGCCACCAGCCCAUUCCCACUAAUGUGUUUUAAAUGCACUGUGGAGAAUAUACUGUUUUAGUCGCAGUAACUUACAAGUUGAAAUCGGCCCAGAUUAACAAAAUUGCCCGAACAUAACCUGGAAUUUGCCAGUGAGAGAAAUAACCUUAAGGAACAGUUUUCAACAAGUAGCAGUGUGGUGCCAAUUAACCUGGCACAGCAUGUCCUACAGCACUUGUUUUAGCUCGCUUUUUGUUAUUGAUUGGAAGAAUGAACACUCCUUUCGUGCCAGCCAGAACUGGAGCUGUGUGCCAGCUUAGCCUGGGAUGAGCAAGCUGUGAAUGUGUGAGCAUGUACAGGCCCAAACAUCUGCUUGUCUUUGUUGACAACGGGAGGAAUAGCUGCUUGGAUAGGUUGAGACAUCUACUUUCUUUAUUAAUCUCUUUAAUUUCCCCAGAUUAAAGUAAAGCAGAGUGGAAAGUAGUCCCAUCUCUGCUAGGAGAAUGGUAAGAGAAACCUCAAAUACAUGUCACUGCAUAACAGUCAGUGUGAUUCAAUGAAGCAUGUGCCAAGUCUGUUAUGAACUGGACGUUUGUGGUUCCUCCCAGUAGUGGGGACCUCAUCCAAAUAUUACGGUGAUACAUGGAUCCAAGAGAGAGGAGUUGGUUCCCACAAAUGCAUUCCCCAACAAUAGUCAGCACAGAAAGCCCUACAGGCCUCCCCAAUUCUAAAAUGUGCUUUCUUGCCAGUGUACAAGGUGGUAAGGAAAUGAAAAAGGGUGCUGGGAGUUCAUUUUCUCUCCUUCUGCCAAAACUUAACUCAUUCACAUUGAGACUGUAGGAGUUGUUCUUGCAUGUGUGUGAAACUUCUUUGCUGUAAUGUCCACAAAGCCUGAGCCAUACCAAGCCAGCUGGUGUUCUCAAACUGCUGCCUCCACUGCUGACUAGUACUCCCUUAUUGUUUUCUUCCCUCACCUUGUCUUUUUUGUGUUCUCCAAUAACGUCUCUUGAACUUAA